GAAUGGUCGUGAUAGAGACAUUUUGCCGACGGCUCGGUUCAUUUGCAAGCGUGAAUCUCCAUUGGAUUGACCUUGACAUAUUUCUUUCUCUCCUCUCCCAUAAGAGACUGGUUCUCGCCUGUUCCACGAGGGCUUCAAUCUCUCUCCUUUUGUUUCCCACCCUUUCCUUGGUCUCUGAUAAUACCACGGCUACUAGCCAUGGGCUUCUCAGUCAAGACUCAUUAAUGAUAAGCUGCGUUUCAAAAGAUCAUUCCACAAUAUGAGAGGCUGUACUCUGUUACUCCUGGCCAUGGCUGGGGGUUCAACAGCUGUUGAAUCCAGCUUCAGCCUGGUCAUCGACCCCAAAAAUAGCCCCGGCGUAAGUGGCAGCAUACCUUCGCAACCCAUCGAUAUCUCCAGCCUCCGCAACAACCGCGGCUUCGCCAUGAGCCCCAACGACGCCAACCUGGACGGCACAGGAGCAGGCUAUCCAGCGCAGUACCUCCCUGCCGAGAAUUUCACUUAUGGCGGUGUGGAGUUUAUUUUUCCUCAGUACGAGGCCGACAACAACAAGAGCGACAAUGUCCUGGCGAAGGGACAGAUACUCAACGUCACGCAGGGCAGAUAUGUCGGGGUGCACAUGCUCGCAGCGGCAGAGAGUGCCAUCGCCACGGGGUACGUGAAUGCGACCUAUGCCGACGGGACGACCACGAGCGGCGCGGUGCUUGUCGAUCCGUUCUGGGACUGGCCGUAUCCGUAUGGCGGCGAUAUCAUUUUUCCUUAUUACCUGACCAACGAGACCCUGGACUACAACCGCUCCAUGAUCUUUCGAGUGGCGGCGUGGCUGGACAGCACGAGGGAUCUGGUGAGUCUGCAGCUGCCGGACGUGUCCAGUGGCUCGAGCAGCGAUCCAGGCGGCGAAGAGGAGGGCACCAGACUGCAUAUCUUUGCAGUGUCCAUGUUGUCAGCCUCCUCUGCUACUGCCGACGAGGGUGUCAGUCUGGAUGUGCAGCUCGCGAGGAGCACCAACACUUGGUUUGAGGGAACCAACAAGACGCAAAUUUACGAGGCAACAGUGAACAACAUCGGGACCGAAUGGGUGUUGGCGAACCAGAGCGUGACGCUUUCGAUCGAGUCGGCUGGGGUGACGACUAUUCAGCCUGGCUAUAUCAAGCGUCUCCGGCCUGGCGAUCAGGCGAGAGUCCAGAUUGGUGUUGUCAAUGCAGACGGCGUUGCAGAGGGGACCAGUGGAACAGCAACUGUGGUCAUCUCUGGGACAGGCCUUUCGAACACGAGCUAUACGUUCAAUGCAACAUAUGGCAUUCAGACUUAUGAGGCGACUUAUGAGAGCAUAUAUGCUCACGAGUCGCCGCCCUGGUUUCAGGACGCCAAAUUCGGCAUCUUCAUCCAUUGGGGCGUGUAUGCCGUGCCAGGCUGGGGAAAUACGGGCAGCAACGAGACCUACGCAGAAUGGUACUGGUACGACAUGAACCUGGGCCCAGACACCAAGGAAGAAACAUACCAGUACAACCUGCGAACCUACGGCGAGAACCACACCUACGACGACUUCAUCCAGAAUUUUACCGCCUCCGUCUUUGAUCCCAAGGAAUGGGUAGACCUGUUCGAUGACGCGGGCGCAAAGUACUUUGUCCAAGUCAGCAAGCACCACGACGGCUACGCAAUCUUCGACUUGCCGUCCAAUGUCACCCAGCGCACCAGCGUGGCCCUGCCCCCGUACAGGAAUCUUCUCCAGGAACUGUUUGACGCCGCGGCCCAGUACCAGCCUCAACUACAUCGUGCCACGUAUUACUCUCUUCCCGAGUGGUUCCAUCCAGACUACGCCUCGCUGGGGUUUGGUGAUUGGCCAGGGGGAAACGCGACGAACCCUUACACGAACGUGACGGAGCCUUACACCGGCUAUGUGCAUGUGGACGACUACGUGGCCGACCUGAUCGUUCCUGAGAUGCAGACUUUGGCAGACAUGGGUACAGAAGUUCUAUGGUGCGACAUUGGAGGGCCCAAUCUGACCGCUGAGUUUGCCUCUGCAUGGUUCAACAGCGCUGCGCAGCAGGGGAGACAAGUCUCUACCAACAAUCGCUGCGGCACGCCUGGUGACUUUGACACGCCAGAGUAUGCCAAGUAUGGCUCUGUGCAGAUGCGAAAGUGGGAGAGCAACCUGGGUAUGGAUCCAUAUAGUUAUGGAUACAACAGGGCGACUCCUGAUGAUGAGUAUAUCACGCCAGAGGAGAUUGUGACCACCCUCGUGGAUAUUGUCAGCAAGAAUGGUAAUUUCCUGCUGGAUGUUGGGCCGCAGGCGAAUGGAUCUAUCAUCGCUGUCGAGCAGCAGAACCUUCGCACAGCAGGCAUCUGGAUCAAAUGCCACGCCGAGGCCAUCUUCAACACAACCUACUGGACCAUCACCCCCGAAGAAGGCCCCGAGAUACGCUUUACUCAGACCCCCGACGCAUUCUACAUCACGACUCUGUCCGCGCCAAACGAUACCCUUGUCCUGAACUCGCCGGUUCCGUAUGUGACAGGUGACCAGGUGACUGUGGUUGGCGGAAACAUGUCUGGCACGGUGGUCCCCAGUGGUCUGCUGGCAAACGGCAGUCUUUUAUUGAAUAUUACCGACGACGUGAGGGAUGCAGAUGAGUAUGCUUGGGUUUUCAAGAUCUCUUAUGAGCCUGGGGGUGGUAACACCACCUCCGGCUCCGGCUCUGGCGUGGGUAACAGUAGUGGCGCUGGAUCGACAAGUGGAAGUGGUUCUCGGUAUGAACAUGGCACGAGGGUGACUUGGGCUGCAUCGCUAGUGCUCGGCUUCAUUGGUCUUAUGGUAGUACUCUGAAUUAAUAACCAGCCGUCUUUCUUGGC